AUGGCAAGUAAAUGGUUAAUAAUAUCAUUAUAUUUGUACUUUAUUUUUCAUCGAAUUCAAUCACGUGAAUCUUUACUACAAUGUUGGCGAUGUGAAGUUACAAUUCAAUCAUCUGAACAAGCUGAAGUCUUUCUUGAUGAUUGUGAAGCACAAUUUGAUUUUACACAACAUACACGAGAAGAUUGUACUGGUAAAUGUUGGAAAUCAGUUGAUUUAAUUGAUAAACAACAAUUAGAAAAUAAAACUGAUGAUCGACCAUUAAUAAAAUAUAAAAAUCGAUCAAAACUUAAAUCAAGUCGUCGAUGUUUUUCAGCUGAUGAACUUAUACGAGCGGCUGAAUUAGGUAUUAAUACAUCAGAUGGAUGUCGACAAAUAAAAAAAGUUAAUCAAAAAAUGAAAGAAAUUUGUUUUUGUUCUGAUCAAGAUAUGUGUAAUCGUUCAUAUAAAUCAACAUAUUAUUUUUUUCUUCUAUGCAAUCCUAUUUUUCUUGUAUAUUUCAAAACAUUGUAUGACACUUAUUGA